UUAGAUGUAUGCCUCUAUCCUCCAAUAUCUCAUUCGCCUUGUCCGCCAUUGUCCUCAUCAAAUUCACUUGUCAAGGAUGUUUGUUCAAAAUAUUAUCAAGAGAUCGGUGCAGAAAUGAUUAGUAACCAGUUAAUUAUCAGAUUGGAGAAAGAUAAAAAUAAAUCAAAAAAGAAACGGGAAUGGGAUCCACCUUGCGAUUGUGUCGAAAUUCAGAGACCAACGAGUAAAACAGGCCCCAAAAUAAUCAACGCAGAUUAUGACGAUCGUAUUAUAUUUCGCGUUCAUUCGGCAUCCCGUUUCUACGGAAAGAAAGAGCCUCCUUAUACAUCACAAACGCUCGCUUACAAAAUCAGAUCAUGCAGUGAUGGACAAGAUAACCAUCAAUGCAAGACCAUUACGGUUUAUCCUCACUUCAGCUCUGAAACGCAGGAAGUAUACAGUGAUCACAUAACAGAGGGCAAUCAGAAUAUCUUUUUAUUAAGAGUUAAGAAGAAAGCAGAGCACUCUGAACAGAAAAAUAGGAACGUCGAACUUGAACUCAGAACACCUAAACCACCAUCAAUGCCACCGCCUAUACCUGCAUCUGAACCUGAAUCUGUAGUUGCACCACCGCAAGCCGUUGCCAAUUUAAAAACAGAAAAUAUGAAGGAAUUGGACACAGAGGAAGUUAUAAAACAACCAGUGAAAGCAGAAAAUAAAAGAAUCAAACAAAAAAAGAAGAGAAAAUAGUUACCAAUCUAAAAGUAAUACAAGUGUAAUGUACUCACUUAUUCUACUUUAAAUAAAUUCAAAUAAUU